AUGUACCAAGAAGUCUUGUUGUUGGUGGAGCAAUCCCAUACCGACGAACGCACACAGACAGCCUUGUCACUCUUGAUUGACAAGAUCAAAGCAGCUGAAGAUGGUGACGUGGCAAUGUUUAUUCCUGUCAUGGAUGAAAUCAACAAACUUGCCAUCCAAUGUUUCGACACUUAUGAGGAAUGCAUUGGUGACAACAACAACAAUUACGUGAACACAACCAAAAUGGACACACGACCUAAGACCAAGCCUACCUUUGACAUACAAUGGGCAUCCAUGUCCAAGUCAAUGCAUGAGAAUGCGACUGUCCUGUUUAAGUUGAAUCACAAAGUCUGGCAGCUCCAUGAGCAAUUGCAUGAGUGCAUGUUAUGGGAUGGCAUCAUUGUGCCAGAGCCCCCUGCCAAAUCAGACAUAAUUGACGACACAUACAUGAGUGAAGAGGAAUUGCUACGUCGACGGACCAUCGUAACAACCCACCAAAACGAGCUCUUGAUGCUGGUAAUGUUAAUCAACAAGAUGAUGAUAGCCUGUAUUACAGCUCACAAAGAAAGUGCACUUGAUUUUCAUGUCACAUAUCAUGGCAACAGGUUCAUAUGGGCACUUGAAAUUCCUGCACUGGAAGGUGUUAGGGAUACCUACACAGUCUAUAUGAAAGAUGACUUGGAUGAAGAGAAAGAUCUCAUUAUUCAUGCAGCAGCAGGUACCAAUGCUGAAGAGCCUCUUCCUAAGAAGAACCUGCCAAAGCCCACACCUAUUCAAAUGACACUUAUGUUCAAAGACAAAGGAAAGGCCAAGGCAACAAUACCAGACCUAGUAAUCGAGCAUGAAGACAUACUGGUUACAGUUUUUGAGCAAGAACAUACACUGGCUUUGGUUCUAGAGGAUGCACACAUACCCCUAAGGCAUGAGACUAACACAGAAACAUGUUUAAGGGAUUGUGUGAUGCGGUUUAGUUUGUACCAAAAUCUGGAGUCCAACACCCCUGCCAUCACUGCUGAAAAUCAAAAACACCUUGUAAAUGUGGCUUUGAAGGUCUCUAGUAUUAAUAAAGAACUGUACUAG